CACACUGCAUUGAGACCUGGACAUUUGAAAUCCAAGUACCUACAGAUCUUAAUGGAAUGCAGCCAGAUACAUUAUUAAUGAGUUAAGCCUGGAAGACCCCUGCCACUUUGAUGUGUGAGCACACCCACCAAUAAUGGCCCAUAGGAUACGCAAUGGAAAUCCCAGUGAGAGCUUGUACAGCAUGAGGCUGCUGUGGAAAUCCCUGGACAAGAUGAGGUGUCUGCGGAAACGCUCCACUAUUCCCUUCCUCGGCUUCCUCAUCACCUUCCUCCUGUUCCUGAACCUCUACAUUGAAGAUGGCUACGUGCUGGAAGGGGAUAAAAGACAGCUAAGGGAAACAUCCGUCCACCCUUCAAGCUCUGAGCGAUACGUUCACACCUUCAGAGACCUGAGUAACUUCUCUGGAAGCAUUAAUGUCACUUAUCGUUACCUCGCCGGAACCCCACUGAACCGCAAGAAGUAUCUCACCAUUGGACUUUCAUCAGUCAAACGAAAAAGAGGAAACUACCUAUUGGAGACGAUCAAAUCCAUCUUUGAUCAGUCCAGUUACGAGGAACUCAAAGAGAUUGUGGUUGUGGUCCACCUGGCAGACUUUGACCUGGUCUGGUGUGAGAACCUGGUGCAGGAAAUCACCAGGAAGUUUGCCCACCACAUCAUAGCCGGACACAUCAACGUCUUUGAAAACUAUGACGCCACCAAGGCUUACAGCACUGUUGAUGAAUAUUUCUGGGGGAAGCCUCCUACCACAGGAGACUUCUUUGUCAUAGUCUUUAAUAAAUCUACCAAAAUUAGUAAGAUUAAGAUUGCUACUGGUUCUGACGACCGUCAGAAUGACAUUCUUCACCACGGAGCUCUGGAAGUUGGUGAGAAACUAGUUGGGACUAAAAAAGGCAAACAGUGUUCCUCUUAUAUUACAUUAGGGGAGUUUAAAAAUGGCAACGUUGAGGUUCAAGACGUAGACCACAAAAUUGCCUUCAACAUUGAAUGUGUUCGCAUUGUGGUGACAGCCAGUCAGAAAGAAUGGCUCAUAAUUAGAAGUAUUAGUUUAUGGACUACACAACCCCCCAGCCAAUAAGGACUACACACAAAGACUCUUAGUACGUCAUAGAGGCAAAUGUUUUAUUAUUAAUAUUAUUUACUAAUGUAUGUAUUUCCAGGUUUGUUUAUGUAUUCAUUUUGUAUGUAUUUAUUUACACUAAUUUUGAUUGUCAACUCAAUCUAUACUUUUUAUACCUGCAAGUUAUAACCUUAGUAGAGCAUCUUCCAAGUCAUUCGUAUGGACUGUCCAGCUGACCUCAGAGUAUUCAUGAACGUUUGUUUUCUUUCUUUCUUUCUUUCUUUUUUUCUUUCAGAUUUUGAUAGCUGUCCUUAACGUAGGCCUGAGCGAUAAUUCAUGGUUGUGUUUUACCAACUUUAAGUGAUAUGAUGACAUUCUUCUGUACAAAUCCUGUGAAAAGACCGACAUCAACAAUACAGUAAGUCAAUUGCACUAACAAGUAGUGCCACAUAGCCAAAGUCUGAUAUAUCUCUGUUCUAUGUGCCAUAGACCUCCAUUGUUGUCCAAAGCCAGUGAGCCAUACUGUUUUAUCGGAUGAGAUGUUACUUGGUCAAUCUGUCAAACACAGUCAUGCUUCUGUACUCUAAAUCUGUGGUCCUCAGAAUGUAUCCCCUUUUGAAAUUUAUGAGUAGUGACUCACCCUAACCCUAAACAGGGUAAAACAUUUUACUUAGAAAAAGCUAUUAUAAAAACAUACAGUGCUGCGUCCGUUUAGGCUGAACAACGACAUAGUAGCUGAAAAACAUUUCAAUGCUAGCUUACAGUUCAAAUGUGUAGAAUCCAUCACUGAAUCAUCAUUAUUACAAAACAAUUAUUUCAGUAACUAUGCUCACAUACCCCUUCAGUAACUAUGCUCACAUACCCCUUGCAGUACUCCAAAUUACCCCGAGGGGUACUACAACCCCAACUUGAGAAUCACUAAGCACCAAAUGUGUAUUGAUCCGCAGCUGAAAACCAAUCUAGACUGGGUAGGGAAGUCAGAAAGUACUGAGAGAUGGACUUACACUUUUUUUUUUGUCUUUUCAUGGGAUUUGUUGACAUGACGAAUAUAUAGAAUCACACCAGCCUUAUAUUUCAAUGAUUCUAAGCAAAAUGUAGUUAGGGUUUAAAGUGUUUUUUCUGGUCUAAAGGAUAUUAGUGAAACAUGUCUCGUUGCAAUGAACACCAAUUUCAUCGUUUCAAAUCAUAAUACAU